UGGACACUCUCUCUGGGACAACUUUGCUAUUUUUGUCUGGUCUCCAGCCCCGGGUCCCGCUGCCUGCCUUGGGUCAGAUGCUCAAAGAACUGACUGUGGACUACAGAGGUUUUUGCUUUGGAUUGUUGUUAUUAGAAAUCGUGUGUGAGGUGAGAGGGCAGGAUCAGAUCAUCAAGCCUGUUGACGAGUUUACGAUAGGGUACAAAUUAUGGACUAUAAAACUGGAAGGAAAAGAACAAAUUCCUUCUUGUUUUGGAUGAAGGCCAACUAAAAGGCACAAUGCCUUAGGAGCUACUAGAGAAAUACUAGAAAAUCCUGACCCACACUCUGGCUCCUGUAGCUCCGGCAACAGGCAUGGUGUAUCAUUUUGAGGUCUAUGACUGAACCAAUGAGGACAGAGCUCUUUGCUGACGAUCCUUUAUUAUGACUUCAGUUGAGAAGCGCCGCUCAGGCCGUAGGAGUGGCGGCCUUGAAAAGCACAGCGAUGGAGGCUACAGCGACACCUCAAGUGGUGGGUCCUAUCUGGAUGAGACUGACCGUGAGGUCAGCAACCUGACAGAUAGAGCAUUCAGGAGUCUCUGCAUUGGAGACGAGGCGGUUUAUAAUGACUCAGACCUCUGUUCGUCUUCUCCCUGCACCCAGAGAGACAGACAGCUGGCCUUUAGUCAGAGUGGCCAGGACAGAGACAGAGAGGACAAAGAGAGGGAGGAACUUGAGAGCGCUGCACAUGGGAGCUUCGACCUCAGGAUGCAGCAGUAUGGUCAGGACUGGAUCCAUGGCAGAAUGUGUGAGGCGGAGAUUCAGAGAGAUCCACAGUGGGAGGUUUAUGGAGAAAGGACACAAGGGAGGGUUUCUGCCACAUUCCCACACUCCUUUGUGGAAACCUCUCAACUCCAAGAGUCUCUGGAGGAAGAACAGUUUUCCUUCCUCGGCAAUGGAACCACUGAGUUGAGUACACAGCAACGCAGAAGCCGCUCCAGAGUUUCUUCUCUGAUCAGAGCUUUUAACUCUGAGGGACAUUGGGAUGGAGCUGGGAUGGAUGGCAAACUCAGAGAGUGGAAUGAUGAGACAAACUGGGACAAAUCAGCUCUGAUGAGUAUCCAAAGGGAACUUUCUGAAUUCUCUACACCGUACCAGCAAAACUUUAACAGUGGUCAUUUCCCGUCAGCUGGCCCGUUCUCAUCCCCCGACACCAACUUCUACUCCUCUGACAUAGCCGGAGUGGCUCACAUGAAUUCUGCAUCCUCUUUUAUGAGAUCUUCCCACAGUAAACACAGCAUGUCUGAGCAGUUCAACUGUAACUCUAACUUCUUUGUGCACAGUGAAUUUAGUCCCUUUAAGGUAUGGAGGGACCACAACAGGUUUCCCUUCCAACAAGCUGAAUUCUCAGGGUUUAUGCACUGUUCAGAGUUCCCUAAAUGGUAUGAGACACCAAUGUACAGGGAGCUUUCACUGGAUGCCCAACCACAGGGUCCUUAUCGGUUUGAUGAGAGGGUCGUCAAGCACCCAAGAAAUACCGUGGCGCCUGUGGUUCCUCCCACUAUUCCACGCGCCACCUCAACAUCCACAAUACUGCAGAAAGCUUCGGCCGUUGAGAAACGCUGUGAGUCAGAGUUUGCGGGUCAUUACCCCAACAGGAGUCGGAUGCAGUGCCUGGGAACUAAAGGCUUUCCAUUGUCACGGCCAUCAACUGCAUCACCGACCAGCGAGAUGUCUCGACGUGUUCAGGACACCAUCAGCUCCGUCAAAGCCCUUCAGCAAAAAAUUAAAAUGAUGACCGAGCAAAAUAUCGCAACAGGGACAACAGCAAAUCAACAAGGAGUGCUUUGUAGCAAUACUAAUUUAAAUCCUUUAUGCAACAAUGCAAAAAUAGUGGCAUCAAAUGCUGUCAGCAGUAACACAAGCGCGACUCCCUUCAACAUCAGCCAGCUGCUCACACCUUUAGUCCAUGCACAACAAGAAGAAGAGACAUCAGAGGACCGGCACUCUGCAAUUUCCCCUCAACCUAUGGAGCAUCCUCCAGUGAGAGCAGAAAGCAGGGGAGCCACUCCUGAUGUUAGGAUGUCCAGCUACAAAUCCAGAGCCACGAGUCUACUCUUCAAUCUCAAAGACAACCGUAAAAGAGUAAAAAGCACCUACAGCCCAACCAAAUUUAAAGAAUUGGAGACAUUGGAGAAGAACAAACGGUACCCUACCCAAGAGCCUAGAGACACUGUGAUAGACAUCCCUGACUUUCCAGAUCCAGACUCACAACUUCUCCGGGUAGAGGAAUCCAGCAGGACAAAUGCUGCCUCACAUCAAUACAUAAACCUGUAUAACAGCCCUGGAUUGUUUACAACACCAAAUUCUCAACCUGCACAUACAGGUCUAUAUUCAGAAUAUACGCCAAGUGAUUACCAAGGAGAUCAGAGGCCAAGUGAGAUUGUUCAUCAAUCUGGAUUCACUGGCUUCAUACCUGAAAAUUAUGUCAGUUAUCAACCCGCUAAUGGAAAGAAUCUCCAUGAAGACUCAUAUACUCCCUAUAAGCAAGGCAUGCUCAAUAAUGUAGAUACUCUUGGAGGAGAUCCAUCCAGGUGCAACCUAUCUUAUACAGCGACAGAAAUACCAAGACUAAAUGCUGACAACAAUCAACAAAGAGAAUAUUUUUUAAGUGAGGCAAAUAAGGCUGAACAACAUUUUAAUGAAACAGUGGGAAGGGACUUCAAACAAGUGGAUAGAUACCAGAAACACAAAGAAAACAAACAUGAUUACAGUAAUGUGUCCUCACAGGAUAGCUGGAGACAAACAAACAGCGAAGGCACAGUAAAUCUCAGUCUGAAAGCCAUCUCUCCAUGGAAACAAGAGAUACCUGCUUCAAUGGAAAAAGACCAACAUGCACAGGAUCAACAAAGAGCAGACGCAGUAAAGGAGGAAGCAAAUCCACCAAGCAACAAAUAUAGAGGAAAAAAUCUGCAACGUAUAAAUAAAGAAUUUGAGAAAAUAGAGUUUAGAGAGAGUUUUGGUGUUAGUAAGAAUUAUCAUAAAAAGGCUGAGUUCAUCAAUACUAAUAUUUCAAACCAACUGCCACAAAAUGCACCAUUUAGUAAUGAUACUAUUGAAAAACCUGCAUAUUGUGGACAACAGCAACCAGGAACUUUAAAUAACAAAUAUAUACCUCAAAAGUAUAACGGAAACAUGAAGGAAGAUGAAAUGAAGCAUAAUUAUUUGACACAGAGGUAUAACAAAUAUCCUGAGCAAGAAUACAGAAACCAACACACAUUGUAUUCUAAUAAAGAUAAAAGUAUGGUCUCGCAAGAAAAUGGCCAGAGAAAUCAAUAUACGCCGAUUCCAAAGGUUUAUGAAAUGCAAGAUCUCCAGCCAAUAGAAGCUAAUCCACAGCUUGAACAUAAUAUGCUGAAAAAAUCAUUAUCAAACCCUGAGAAUGCCUCAGCCCCCACGAUGGCAAACCAGAUAAAAGACAGACAGUUUGUUGAGGUUAGGACUGAACAGGCCAUGGCAGAACAAAUAAAAGCACAGCACGCCCAAGCGGCGCUGGCAAAGGCUCAGCACUGGGCUCAAGUGGAGCAGCCUAAAGUAGAGACGUCUAGGUUAAUUUUAGCAGGGCAAACUGGUUCAGAGAAAGUCAAAGGAGAUCCGGUCCAAGCAGAACUAACAGAGCACGAGACAGUAAACCAGGGUGAAGCAGAAGAUAUUGAAGAAGAGAAGAGAAAAAAGGAACGGACAGAACAGCCCACAGAAAAACAACCAGAGGAAUUCAAAGAACCGGACCAAACAAGAGUACAGAAGGUACCAAAGGAGCCUAGAAAUAUUAAAGAGGAAGUAGGAGCCGAGCACUUGAGAGGAGACCGGGGUGAGCAGGUCGAAGUAAACAAAGCUGAAGCUGAGAGGCUAAAAGAAGAGCACAUAAGAACUGAACCUGCAAAGACCGAACAGGCGGCUCAAACUAGAUUUAAAAAAGUAAAACUAGAGGAGACACAAGAGCAACCAGCUAAAGAACAAGAAAAGACGAAGGUAGUUGAAGCAGAAAAGGUCAAAGCAAACAACAUUCUAGUUGAGGAUGUUAAACAAGAGAAAGCUGAGGAAGAAGUUCAAGUGAGUCGAUCAAAUGCACACCAACCUAAAACACAGAUAAGUAAAGCCAAAGAGAGAAAGGCAGAGCAGGCAAAGCUGGAACAAACCAAAGCAGAGCUAACAAAAACAAAGAACAUGCAAGAAAAGUCGGCUGAAUAUGCAGCAAAACUAAUAGUGACACAACAGAUCAAAAGUGAGCCAGAUAAAGUUGAGAAAGUUAAGACAGAGUUGGCUAAAGCUAAAGCAGAAUUGGCUAAAAUAAAGGAGAAAAUGAGUGGAGAGCAAAAAGAAAAGGUCAGAAAUAUAGUUCAUGGAAAGGAAGAUGGGAUUAAAACAGAUCUUCUUUUAAAGUUAGAUAUAAAUACGAAUGAAGAAAACAAAGAUCAGGACCAGGCAACCCAAAUGCAUCAACAAAGGGAAGACAUAGUUGUUAUCAGCGGGCAGUAUUUAGAUCAAGCUAAUAGAGGGUUUAACGAGUAUGAGCAUAUUCGAGAGAAAUACGGUUUUAUUGAUGCAACUUCUGCAAACAGAAACAAAGUGUCAGCCGCAGGAAAUGUUUCUUCAAAUAAUGCCAAUGAAACACCAGCUGAAUCUGUUGAUACAGUUAAGACAACAAAUAACGAGAAAUCAAAAGAAAGUUCUAGUCCUGCUCGCAACGUUGAGAAAGCUAACACAGAAAAUAAGGAAGAAGGAGGCAGCUAUAAACCCCCUGAGUUGACAGAAAGCCAGUAUGUUUACAGUGAGUUAUCCAAAGAGUUCAAAUUAUCUGAUGAAAAUCAUUUACCUAAAAAUGUAGAUAGAAGAGCAGAUAGGGAUAUUGUUAGGGAUACAUUGAAGGACGAUAGUGUUGAAAAGUUUGAAAAAUGUGACCCCUUGAAACACACUGAUAUCUCACAGCACAGAGAUUCUGAUUCAGCUAAACUGCCCCUCCCUGAAGGAAACCUCAAGUCAACUGAGCACAGUGCAGGUCUAGGUAGAUAUCAUGGUACCUCUCCCAGAGCAUUGUCCAGUAAAGAGAAAGCUCAGGCCAAACAAGAGAUUCUGACUUCCAAGAUAAAAGCUCAUGCUGAAAAAGAGAUUUCUGCUAUAAAAGAAAAGGGUUUGGCUGUACCUGAUGGGUUUAUAUCCAAACAUUCUACAAAGCAAUUAGCAGGUAGUCAGAGUAAUCAUAUAACACAGAGGCCACAAUCAGAGGAAGGGCCUGAAAAGCAUGAAAGCACAAUGCACAGUAAUAUGACACUAGAGCACCAGAUAGAGCCUUCAGGAAUACAGAUAGAAACAGUCAAGUAUGCUUUACAUCCCAGCUCUGCUCCAAUACCUGUUAGAUCUGCAGCAACCACCCGUCAUCUAGACCAGUUACUGAAACAAGUCCCCAAAGAACCAAUGAAGAGCAAUGACAAUGUGCCAACAACACUCAGAGAAGAAAAGAUGGGAAGUUAUACAAUGAGCACAGAUGAAGGCUUGAUAGAAAAUGGAAAAAAAGAAAAUCCAUCUGAAAUUAAGUCAACAAUAAAAAGUAAAGAGGAAGUACUGAAGAACAAGGAAGGCAAACUGGAAGCAAAUCCAGGAGAAAUCUCCGGAAAACAGAAGGAAGGAGUUAAAGACACUCCUCCUGUAAAGACUGACCAUUUCAACAAAAAGAAAGAGGAUCCAUCACAAGCUACUGCUCUGGUCGAAGCAGCAAGCUCAGAGUGUAUGGCAACAGAGAAGGCUGAUAGUAAACAUGAAGCAGUUCAUGAGGACUCAGCACCUUCACUAAAUCUUUUCCUUGGUCAGAACAAGACCCCAGUGGAUGAUGACAUCUUGCAGAUCACAGGAAUAAUGGUAACUGUGCGGGAAAGAAAACGAUCUAUGGACAAUGGUCAGAGGAAGAACAGCACCCAAGAACAAAUGAAUGUAAAAGAGUGCAAUAAUUCAGAGCAAGAGAAAUGUCAUCCCAGCUCAGGUCUGGAAGUAAGUAAAGGACAUACAUAUUCAGAGGAAGUUAGUACAGUACAGAACACUCCAGUGAAGGAAGAUCAAACUAGAGUUGAUAUGAAUAAUCAUCUUGAAAAUGUGCAAGAAAAUCCAACCCUAGAGUCAAGACAGAACAAUGUGUCUGAGAACAUCACAGUGAAAAGGACUGAUCACCAGCUGGAGAGCUCUUCUAUAAAUACUAGACCACAACUUCACGAACCAUUUGCUGAAAAACAUGUGCCUCCCUCAGUCGCUGUACUCACUCAAAAUAAAGAUUUUGCUGAAACUCAACCCCUUCUCUUCAAACAAGACAUAAUAGCAAGUAAAACAAAAGACUGCUCAAAUGAAACGUUGAAAGAAAUCUCGGAAAAUAGCAGAAGGGAAGAUAAAAUAAAGAGUAAGACUGAAGAGAAACAUCUACAGAAAAGGCAAACAGCACAUACCAAUGAGAACUGUAUGGCCAAAGUGGUGAAUACAGAAGUCAGCUACACAAAUCCAAACAGAGUUGAUGUUGAAUCUCAGAUAAAACAUGAAGUCCAGCCAUCAGUUAAAGAAGACCCUACAACUGUCAUCAAUCCAUCCAAAAGCAAGAACAUGGAUGGCAAGAAUGCAGCCCAAGCGGAACGAAAGGGAUGCGACUCAACAAUACCGAAGUCAUUCAAUAAAACCAGUCCACCUAACCAUUUAACUGACAAUGAAGUAUUUCCACAACAUCAGGACAAAGAGACACACAUUGGAGGAGAUGAUCGAAUGGAUGAUAGCGUGCAUAUAGGCAGCAUUGCCAUCAGAGUUGUGCCAGCAGUAACUCAUAACAACCACCUUAAGAUGGUGGGACAGCAUCAUGUAGCCCUCGUCCCUUGUGAUGUAGCUGCUGCUGAUGAACAAAAACAAGUUGCAUCAUCUGGUCUUGAAGGAAAAGUGAACUCCUUAAACAAUGAAGACAGAACCAAAGACGCUAUUUCAGGAAGCAGCGAGAAUAAAAUCAAACACGAUUUGGAAGACACAUUGGGAGUUCAAUCUGUUUUGUCCAAUGUGAAAAAACUGUCAGAUUCCCAACAAAUGUGCAAUCAACAGAACAACAUAAAGGCAAACAGUGAGAUUACUCCAGCUGAAAAUGCAAAGUCUGAAGACAUAAAUAAAAACAGAAGGUCAGUGGAUGAAUCAAAUAUACGACCAAUGGUAGGAGACUACUUUCAAGUGCAAGGGGUAGCAGAGACAAAUAAUGAAUCACACAAUCAUAAAAAUGUUGGCGAUAUGUCAGAGCUUGUUUCAACGGGAAAGGAACUUCCAGGAUUAACACCAAACAAAGCAGCGUUCAGCAAUGAAUUAUGCUGUGAAGGAAACAAUCAAGACUUUAUGCUGGAUCAAAGUACAAGGAAAACAGUGGAAUCAAGUUCUUUGAGGAAAAACAGAGAAACAGAUGGCAACUUGGCUUCAAAACCGAGUUAUGGUCCCUCAGAGAGACAGAGUAAUACAAAUGAGAAGACAGAGGCAGGUCAAGCCAAUCAUAUUAGAAAACAUCACAUAGAGAAUCAGUACAGUUUAUCAGCCAGGGAAAGACAGAGCACAAGAAAUUCAAAUGCAAUAAAGGACAAUAUGGGUAAAGAAAAACCUGAAGUUAAACCAAUACCCAAAGAAAGGGUAUCCACAAUCCCUGACAUUUCAGCAAUUGCAGACUAUGCCAGGUUAAAAGUAAAUGUUUCAGAAGACGAAGCAAACACAAUUCAGGAAUUCCCACCCAACAAAAAGGAGGGAUUCUUUCCGCUAAUACAGAGUCGUCAUAGCAGACGUCCAGUGUUCACCGCUGACCCACAGGACGUCUCUGUGAAAGAUAAACCUUUGCCAAAUAAAACAAAAGUCAGCCCUAAAGUGAACAAAGAGCCCAAACCCUUAGUAUUUCCCAUAACAGAGAAAGAACACCAAAGAACGGGGAUGUUCAAACUGGCAGACAAAGACAGACAAGAGAAAAUGCCUUUGGACGCCAAAGCCAAUGAAGGUGUUGUAGACACAGGGGCAAAACAUGCGCAACAUCUCAAAGAAAGAAACACAUCGCCAACUACUCCUCUUAAGAACCAGGGAAGUGAAGAACAAGAAUCUGGAACGGAGGCCCACAGAGUUCAUCAAGUAGAACAAAGUGCACAUCAACCAAACAAGCCUCCCUCUCAAGCAGCAACCUCAUCUUCUGCAGUGAACCGGCCGAGAAGCACUUCUGUGUCACAGCACCUAAAGCCACUGGAUGACGCCGCUCCUCUUGUGGGUCAAGUGUACGAGAUGGAGGGGUGCUCAGCAACUCUGAGAAAAGAUGAGAGGACUGAAAAGGCACCGGUUAAGGUUGAGAGAACAGAAAGAACGAGACAAGAAAGGCUUGCAACUCAGCAUGAAGAAACCAAAGCACAACAGCAGAGAAUAGCAAAACAGUUGGAGGAAAGACGAGCUUCUAGGAUAGAAGAGGAGAAAAGAGCAGAAGUCAUAAGAGUAAAACACUUGAUGGAGGAAAAUAGAGCCUCUCUGGCUAAGGAAGAGAGAAGAGCCGCUCAGAGAGAAGAGGAGAGGAGAGCAAGAGAGCGGGAGACCAUUGCUAUGAAGAUUAAAGAGAGGCGGGAAAAACAGAGAGAAGCAGAAAGAAAAGCAGCAGAAAAACAAACCGCUCAAAAAGAAGAGGAGAUGCGAGCACAGCAAAGAGAAGAAGAAAGAAAAAUGAAAAAAAAUGAGGAGAAGAGGAGAAUUAAGUUUGAGGAGGGUCGUAGAGGAACAUUGAGAGAGGAGGAAGAGCGGAUACAAGAGCUUGAGGCGAGGAGGAGGGUGAAACAGCAAGAGGCUGAGAAAGCUGCACAAGAGGAGCAGCAGAGAGUUGCACAAGAGGAGCAGCAAAGAGUUGCACAAGAGGAGCGGCAGAGAGUUGCACAAGAGGAGCGGCAGAGAGUUGCACAAGAGGAGCGGCAGAGAGUUGCACAAGAGGAGCGGCAGAGAGUUGCACAAGAGGAGCGGCAAAGAGUUGCACAAGAGGAGCAGCAGAGAGUUGCACAAGAGGAGCAGCACAGGAGAGUUGCACAAGAGGAGCAGCAGAGAGUUGCACAAGAGGAGCAGCAGAGAGUUGCACAAGAGGAGCGGCAGAGAGUUGCAGAAGAGGAGCAGCAGAGAGUUGCACAAGAGGAGCAGCACAGGAGAGUUGCACAAGAGGAGCAGCAGAGAGUUGCACAAGAGGAGCAGCACAGGAGAGCCAAUCAAGAGAAGGAGCAGAUGAGAGCUGCCCAAGAGGAGCAGCAGAUGAGAGCUGCUCUGAUUGAGGAGCAAAGGCGAGCUAAACAGCUUGAGGAGAAGAUACUUCAUGACAUUGAAGAGGAAAAGAAAAGAAAACAGAGAGAGGAGGGGAAGGAGGAGAAAGCUGCUCACUUUUCAGUGAAGGAAAGGAUCAAACAGGAGCAGAAGAUUGAAGAGCAGAGGGGAGAAAGAAAUAACAAUGUAAAAGGGAUGAGAACUCAGAGAGAGAAAGAUGAAGGUAGAGCUGUUGAACAAGAGAAAACAAUUAUAAAACAAAGAGAAGAAAUUCAAACAAAAGACGAAAGGAACAGACACACUGAGGAGAGCCAAUUAGCACACAAAGAGGAGGAAAAGAGAGUAACACAAGAAUUGAUGCUAAAUCAAAGAGAAGAUGCGAUCUGGGCUAAAAAGAGAAAGGAAGAAAAAGAAAAUGAAGAGAAGUUAGCAAAUCACAUAGAAAAGGAGAGAGACACUCGGGUGGGGGAGCAGAAAAAAGCAGCAGAGAUUACGGAUGCUCUCCAGUACUAUGCCAUCACCUCCACCGAUACACAGAGGAAACCAAGGGAAAGACCGCCAUGCUCCCCUUUACCUUCUCAACAAAGACACAAUCCAUCAGGACUUGGGUCCAGUGAGGACUCAGGAUCCCACACGACGCCUCAUAGGCCACAUGCUCCUGCAUCCCCAGCUCCAUCCCUGCCCCGCUCCAACACCUCAUCUCCUGCUCUGGGAGGCAAGCCCUCAAUGUUCAGGGUGAAGGAUAACACCGUCAGAGGUUUCCCUUUCAAGUCAGUCAAACCACGCUUCCAUAAGAACUUUGGGGAAGAUUUCCGAGUGGGUUCACCUAUGGAAAGGGGCUCAGAGAGAGAACAGGAUGAGCAAGAGAUAGUGAGACGCAGUGCUGGAACUCAGCUCUAUCCUGACACAGGCUUAAACAGACUUGCUGCAAUCAAAGAGUCGUCCACAUUUCAGCCGGCAUAUUUAUCACAGGAUUACUCUGCCCUGCUCUCACAAUAUAAGCCUUACUCCAGGAGGAGCUUUGCCCUGGAAGAAGACGACUCUCGCUCUGUCUUCAGCAAUAUGUCAGAGGGUGGGGAGAGUUUUGCCACUAGUGCAGCAGACAUGGCAGAUAUACGAGGCCUGUAUGACAACGAGAGGCCAGAAUCAGCCUGUAGUUUCAGCAGUGAUGUCUCCCGUUCUUUGGGAAAGCCUCCAACUGUUCCCCCAAAGAGUGAUAAAGCCUUGCGCAGAGCGCAAAGGUUGACUACUCGUAGAGUCAAGAAGGAGAGUUCCAAAAUCCGAACCAACAGCCAUGCUGGAGUUGAGAAAUCUCUUAAAAUUAGCUCCAGUAUUCCUUCCUCCUCCUCCUCCUCCAUUGAGCUGCGUUCCUCCAGCCGCCAGACUGUGGCUAGCCCUCAUUUUUCCUCACCCGUCUCCCUUGCUCAUGCUCCAACAUUGGGGUCUAGCUUUCCGUCUUCUCAGACAGAGCACCAAUCUUCUCAUAGCUCUUAUUACACUUCCCCUCAAGCCACUGGUCCUUUCUCCCUCCCAGUUGCUUCCCCUCACGGUACUGACCCUGUUUCCCUCCCCGAUGCCUCGCCUAAAGCUGCUGGCCCUGCUUCCCAGACUGCUGCUCCUCAGACAGUUGCUCAUGUUCCCUCUUCUCCCACUGUGCUUCAUGCCAACCACCCAGCUCCAGUGACACAGUACCAUGUAGAGUCAAGCUAUCCCCAUUCCUACCCACUGACCCAGCGUAAGGUGCUGCAAGACCUCGGCUCUGGUCAGUAUUUUGUGGUGGAUGUGCCGGUUCAAGUGAAAACAAAGACUUUCUUUGACCCAGAGACAGGAAAGUAUGUCCAGUUGAAUGUGCGACAGUCUGGCCAGAGCACCGCCCUACUACAGCCCCAGCAGACAUACUCAAAAACUCAGCUCCAACCCCAAAUGCAAGUCAAGCUUCAACAGCAGCCCCAGGCCUCACCAGGUGGCACGCCCUUUGUGCUUUAUCAAGGCAACCAUAGCUAUCCCCAAGACUACCAAGCUCAAACGUUCACCUCUGUGCCCGGCCACAGGUCAUCAGCCCCUUUGCCUCUCCACCAAGAACAACCGAGCUACGGAUAUCCAGCCCAUGAAAUGGAACAGAAAUCCGAAGGGCAUCGCUACAGUCCAGAGAAAACUCCAUACAUGGACACAGUUAAUGACAAAGACAAAACAUAUAGCACCGUUUACAACACACACGGACCAAAUGAGUGGUUCCCAGAGAGUGACACAAACAGCCAGCUUGCAGGAAGCACAGUUUGUGAAAAUGAUAACUCAGCCCUCUCACAAUGUUAGCCCCGAGAUAUAAUAAGCAUGAGUGAGCUGGACGACUUUAUGGAUAUGUCCGACUGGUGAGAACACACACUGGAAACUUUUACUUUCUAAGUAUUUGAUAACAUAAGGAUACCCGAUCAUGGGUCAUAAAAUUUAAGUCUAUUUAAGUAUAUAUUUAAGUAUUUGUAAAUUAUUUUUUUCAAGUGAAAAUAGUCUCAGCAUGUUUUUGGUUUGUAGUUUUAAAAAAGUCCCCAUGACAUGCUGUUAAAUUGCUGCUGUUGAUUUUGGAGAAUCACAGUUGAGCUAUUUAUUGUGUUACAGAGAAAUGCACCAUUCCAUUUGAUGUUUGAAUGUGAGAAGCUAAGAUAUGUUUAUUGUCUAUAAUGAUCAGUAUACCAUUGUCUCCUGAAGCUAGAAGUAUGUUAUCAUACAAAAAACAGCAACUGUGUGUCAAUAGUGUCGAGUAGUUUGAAGAAACAUUGGUUUCUUCUAUGAACAUAGGCAGGUCUGCUUGAGUUUUUAUUAUUUUUGUCUCGCUGGGGAAAGCCUACUUCUGGCAGUUUGUGAUGCAUGAAAUAUUGUCAAACCCACAGCGUCAAUCAAAUAUCGGCAGAUGGUGUACAGAAUAAUUUGUGUAUUCAACCACUGUGUCAAAGUAAUAAAAAAAAAAGGUGAUGUGAUUAUAGCCGUUUUUAAGGUUUAGUUUCAUACAAAUGUUAAUUUUUGAAGAAUAUGUCUGUGGUGCUGUGAAACAGAGUAGAGUGGCUUGUAUUAAUGCAGGAAAUAAAAACACACUUCAAUCAACCGAAUAAUUUCUCACCACAAUAACUGUUUUUCAAAAUCCCAUUGUAAAGGCUAUAAAUAAACAAAAUGGAAAUAUAAAAGAUUGCUUCUACAUGUUGAUUUCAUUUAACUAGCCAUAUGGUUGUAAUAACAAUAUAAUAUUACUACCACUGCCAUCCUGAUUUGUUAAAAUGUACCCUGGGUCUGAAUGUCUUUUUAGUGCUUAAAAAGAGUGCAUAAGGCAA